AUGGGAAUGUUUAAACAUGCUUUGCAGAUUGUUACAAACAUCUGGUUUCCCCUCCUGCUCUUUGAGGAACCUUGCAAGAUCGGUGGAUCUAAUAUGUACGUCAGAAGCAAAGCCAGAACUCUAGCUGGACCAGUUAAUGAUCCUGCUAAGCUUCCCAUGUGGAACUAUGAUUGUCCUGCUGGGGAACCUAUUCUAACAAACGAGAAGCAAAAUGCUGCAAAGAUAUUUAGCAGUUCUGAAGCAUAUUUAGCAGUUCUGAAGUUGUUGCCGAGGAACCUUGGCAUGGAAUCGAGCAAGAGUACGCCUUGCUGCAGAAGGAAGUUAACUGGCCUAUUGGAUGGCCAGUCGGAGGGUAUCCUGGACCGCAGGGCUGGAGCUGACAAGGCUUAUCAUGACAUUGUUGACUCACAUUAUAAAGCUAGUCUCUAUGCAGGCAUGGAAUCGAGCAAGAGUACACCUUGCUGCAGAAGGAAGUUAAAUGGCCUAUUGGAUGGCCAGUCGGAGGGUAUCCUGGACCGCAGGUGCUGUGCCUUUGUUUCAUUUGAUGUCCAUUAAGUUGCUUGGUUGUUGUUUUUCAUUAUUGGCUUCC